GAUCGUUUCACAUCUAUGUUUUAUUUUUAUUAUGUAACUUGUUUAUUGUAGUUGAAGGCGUUAUAAUACUAAAGCAUGAGUUCUAUCGAUGAUUUAAUUAGGGAACGAUUGCAAAAAUUAAGAACCGGUGAUUCACCAAGUUUAGAUUUACCUUCCAGUUCCACUCAAGGUGAUCAUCUUCCCAAGCUUAUUAAAAAGACUGCAGCUGAACAAGUUGAAGAUUUGCUUGCUCAGGUAGCUGCAGAAUCUCAAUUAGAAGUAAAAGUUAAAAAAACAGAGGGAGACAUAGAUACGGUAAUUAGGUCUCGACUUGAAAGGCUUAAAAGUCGUGAAGGUUGUAACUUCAGUUCUCAAAGAAUUCCUUUAGCAUCUUCAGAAAAUAAAAGUGAUGAUAUUCAUGAUGAUGACUUCUUUAAGAAUUCUUCCUGUUCUGAAUUACUAGAUCUUCAUAGUGAUAAUAACAGUGAACCCAGCUGUAGUGGAACCUCAGAUUCUGAAGAUUCUGAUAAUUUCUGUGUUAUAUGUGAUAAAAAACCAACUCUGAUAUGUCUUGGCUGUGAUAAAGAUUUUUAUUGUAAAAGCUGUUAUAAAGAGUUCCACUCAUCCGGGGAAAGACAUAGAACAGUGCCUUUCUCAAAUAAAUCCUCUUGAAUUUUUUUUCCUGAGAUAAAAUGCUUAUCAUUGACAUCUGCAAGUAUAUUGUUAACUAAUUGGCAGUCAUAACUAGCUAUGCCAUUUUACUAGAAAAAACACUUCAACAUACACCAUGAUGAUUGUGUGUUCUCGUUCAUAUUUCAAUCAGUAUUUAUCUUCAAUUUUAGCUGGGAUAGCUGUCCUGUGUGUUGGAUGCACUGUAGGUUGGACUUCACCAGCUUUAAAGAAGCUGAAAGGCAGAGAUUCACCUAUUUUAAUUACAGAAGGAGAAAGCUCUUGGUUAGCAGCAUCACAUGAAAUUGGACAUUUUUUAAGUCCUAUUCCUACUGGCUUAUUACUAGCAAGGUUUGGUAGAAAGCGGUGGUUAUUAUUUUCAUCUAUUUUAAUUUUAUCAGGAUGGAUUAUCGUAUUCUUUUCUACAACUGUUUUCACUCUGUAUAUUGCUCGAUGUUUGUUUGGAUUAGCAAUGGGCAUUGUAUUUACAGUUGUGCCACUUUAUAUUGCUGAAAUUGCAUCUCCAGAAAUUAGAGGAGCACUUAGCACAUUUUUUCAAUCAAUGCUUUAUUUGGGUCAUGUCAUUGAAUUUAGCAUUGGCCCUUAUGUUUCUUUUCAAAUAUUAAAUGGAGUUUCAAUGUCUAUUGCAUUUAUUUCUUUUAUUCUUCUUUUUAUUAUGGUUGAGUCUCCUUUAUUUUUAGUAUCUGAUAGUAAACGUGAUGAAGCUAGCUCAGUUUUAAAAUGGCUUUUAAAAAGUGAACAUGAUGUUGAAUCAGAAGUUAUAAAACUUGAUCAAAUGCUUGAACACCAAAUUUCGAGUACUUCUAAAUUCAAACUUUUAUUUUCUAAAGCUUAUUUUAGCAAGUUAGUCAUAGUUGUAUUUACUGCCGUUGCUCAACGGUUUACUGGAAUGUCUGCAUUUGUUGCAUAUGCUUCUUCCAAUUUUGCUUCUUCGGAUGGAUUGAGUUCUGAUGAAUACACAAUUUUGUUUGGUGUUUUAGUUUUCUUGUUUACUUUUGUUUCAGCUGCUUUAAUAGAUAGUCUCGGUAGGAGGCCAUUAUUAUUAUUUUCUUGUUUUGGCUGUGCUUUGACCCAUUUAGUUUCUGGAACUUAUUAUUAUGGGAAAUUCAUUGAUUUUCCAAUGUUACCAUUCUUAAUGAUAACUUUAUUUUCUAUAGUUUAUUCUUUAGGCCUUGGGCCAUUGAUUAAUACCCUUCAAGGUGAAUUAUUUCCUCCCAAUCUAAAAGGAGUGGCUUCCUCUAUUGUGACUGUAUCUCAUGCAACAUCUUCAUUUGCAGUUACCAAAUUAUUUCAAGUAAUAAAGAGCAAUGUAGGAAUAUAUUUAAAUUUUUAUAUCUUUGCUGUUAGUUGUAUUAUAUCAUUUAUUAUAUCGUAUUUAAUAGUACCUGAAACAAAAAGACUUGAGCUUGAGGUACUUCAAAGACCUACUGAAGAGAGUCAAGAGGAAGAAAACUAAACUUUAAUUGUAUAAUAUAUUCACUACAGGACACUAUUUUAUUAUUAUUAUAUUUAAUGUUGGAUGAAUUUUUUCAGUAGUUAUUGUUGCUAAUUUGAUGGUAGGAAACUAGCUUGUAGAAAUAAACAAAAUACUCCAUUUUUAUAUUAAGUUACUAUUUACUUCUAUUAAAACAACAAUAAAAAUAUAAGUUCUUCUCUAUGCUUCAUUUACCUUAUCAUACCUUUUAUUUAUUCUAUCAAACCAUGC